AUGAAGCACCUCGCAGCUUACCUUCUUCUCGGCCUCGGAGGCAACACCUCCCCCUCUGCCGCCGAUGUCAAGGCCGUUCUCGAGUCCGUUGGCAUUGAGGCCGACGACGAGCGCCUCAACACCCUGAUCUCCGAGCUCGAGGGCAAGGACAUCCAGGAGCUCAUUGCCGAGGGCUCUGAGAAGCUCGCUUCCGUUCCCUCCGGCGGUGCUGGUGGUGCCGCCGCUGGUGGUGCUGCUGCCGCUGGCGGUGCCGCUGAGGAGGCCAAGGAGGAGGAGAAGGAGGAGGAGAAGGAGGAGUCCGACGAGGAUAUGGGCUUCGGUCUCUUCGACUAA